CUGGCCCAACGGUCAGACAUUUGCACGUUCUGGAACCAUCCUCUCUUCAGAAUGGAGUCUUCUGGACUUUUGAGUAUCCUGGUACUAUUCAUCCUCUUUGUGAAUAUCCAGGGACCUGGUCUAAGUGACUGGUUCUUUCCCAGAAAAUGUCCCAGAGUCAGAGAGCAAUGUGAAUUCAGAGAGAGGGACCUGUGUACGAGGGACAGACAGUGCCCGUACAACAAGAAGUGCUGCGUCUUCAGCUGUGGGAAAAAAUGCAUAGACCUCCAACAAGACAUAUGCAAUCUUCCAAAAGAAGCUGGUCCCUGCAUGGCUUUGUUUCGUCGCUGGUGGUACAGUAAGAAAAACAAUACCUGCUACAGCUUCGUGUAUGGCGGCUGCCAGGGAAACAAUAACAACUUCCAAACCAAAAGCAUCUGCCAAAAUACCUGCCAACAAAGAAUGCUUCCUUUCCUGAAUGGAUAAGGGUACCUGGGAGCAACCACCGGGAUUUGGCUCCAGCUCCAGGCUCUAUGUACCUGACCGAUGCUCCAGGUUGACUCGCUGUUCCACGCUCGGCGCUGCAAGGUCUUAGUGCUUCCCAACAGUGAACCCCAGGAUCUGCCUCUUCUUCCUCUAUCUCUGCCUCUUUUCAUGCAUAAUACCUUCCACUUGGAUUCCAUCUCUCUGCCUAACCUCCAUCAUCUCUAACUCUCAGAAAUUCCUAUUUACCCCUGUGCAGCUCCCAAUUUUUUUUCAAUA